AUGUAUUUUGGAUUUAUCCAGGUAUAUGGGUGUUCCACUGGGGAGGCCUGGCAAGACAUCAUGUUGAGCUGCAUUUCGGGGGCUCCAUGUGAAGUGCCUGAAGACGAGGAGGAAUCAAAUGACUGCGGCACUGUUCUGGCAUACAUGUACUUUGUAUCAUUCGUCUUUUUCAGCUCUUUUCUUAUGCUGAACUUGUUUGUUGCUGUUAUUAUGGACAAUUUUGAUUAUUUGACACGAGAUUCCUCUAUUUUGGGACCACAUCAUUUGGAUGAGUAUAUCCGAGUUUGGUCAGAUUAUGAUCCAACUGCAUCUGGCCGGAUCUCUUACCAGGAUAUGUAUGACUUGCUAAGAAAUCUAGAACCGCCUGUAGGAUUUGGCAAGAAAUGUCCAUACAGGCUUGCCUAUAGGAAACUAAUCCGCAUGAACAUGCCUGUAGCAGAGGAUGGUACUGUGCACUUUACCACUACUCUUUUUGCCUUGGUGAGGGAAUCGCUUCAGAUAAAGAUGAGCCUAGACAAGGAAGUUUCAGCUGAUGAAAUGGAUCAAAAGGAUGAAGAACUCAGAGAUGUUAUACGGAAAAUGUGGCCCUUGCAGUCAAAGAAACCAAAGACUAUCAAGUUGUUGGUGCCACCAAAUGAAGAAUUGAAUAAUGGAAAGAUGACAGUUGGUAAGAUCUAUGCAGGCCUUCUGAUAGCAGAGAACUGGAAAGCCUACAAAGCCAGUCAGACAAGAACAAACCAUGCCAAAUCAGUCACUCCUCCACCUCCUAAAAAAGCUGAAGAGUUUAUUAAGUUUCUGCAAGAUGCAAAGAGACCCCAGUCAUUGCUGAAGAGAGUAAUGGGUGUUCUGAAGACCACGCCCACCCAGGACAGUUUUGAUAAUGGAGAUGAAUAUGGCCAUGAGCCUGGAUACAGCCCCAAUCACUUGUCUCCAUCACGGGGACUGAUUGGGACUAGCUCUCGCUCAGGAAGCAAGCAAAGCUUGCUAAGUGUGAUUGACAUGGUUCAACAAAGAGAGAAAUAUAGUGGUAGUAACAACAGCAUUGACAAACCUCACCAUGGCAACCCAGACAAAUCUUGGUCAAAUAAGCCUUUUGGCUUUUUGAGGAGAAACAGCAGCAAGAAGAAGAAACUGCAAGAACAACAGGAAGGGGAGUAUUUCAGUGACCAGAGUGAUUCAAGCAUGGAGAUAAGUGACCACACCUACUCUAGUCAAGAGCUGAUGCCCCUGCAGAGUAUGUAUAAUGGACCACGCAUAGAGGUGGAUGAGCCCUCAACAGACGCUUCAAGAAAUGACCUCUCUCUGGCCUUGACACCUGGCUACUAUGGAGAUCGCUCUGGUCUUCCUUCACCACAACAGUCACCCAGAUCUCCAAGGUCACCAGGAGGGUCACGCUUUGGAAAUAGGUCAAGGUCACCAUCCCCUCGUAGAGAAAUUGGGUUUUCUGGUGCUGUAACAGAUAUCUGUGAUGCUGCACAUACUAUUAAAGAACAUGACAGAUUGAACAGAAUGAGAAUUAAGCCGGACUCACCUCAACUUCGAGGUCGUAGUCGCAGUCGCAGCAGACCUCCCUUACAGCAGCAGAGACCAGUAAUGGGCUCGCCAGCAGCAAGCCCAGUGGGGAGCAGAGCCAGCAGCCCAGCCAGCAGUUCACGCCAAAAUCUCUACAGAACAACCUCAUUAGAGACAAGGUCACGUAGCCCGUCUCCAUCGGGCACAGCAACAUCCACUCCUCAGCAUGAAUAUUACGGGCGUGUGAACCUGACUGACAGGUCUCGUAGCCCUAGCCCUGCUACAGCCAGGAGGAAUCGCAGACUGCCCCACACACCACCGAGUAAACCCAUGACCUUGCCCCUGGGGCAAAUGAUGGACCAACCUGGUGAUGUGUAUUCUGGCAACCUGCCAAGGGUAGUCCCCUCUCCCACUGUUCCCAAAGCUAGUCCUAGUAAUAUUAAUUUCCCCUAAGUUACAGCCAUCACC